UGCUGGGUGACUGUAGGGAAGAGCGGAUCCCACCCAGGUUAGGCCACAGGAGCAGCGCCAUGUGCUCUGGGUUCCUGGCCCUCCUGCUGCCAAUUUGGCUUUCCUGGACCUUGGAGACCCAAGGCUCUGAGCCCCGCAGCGUGAACGAUCCCGGGAACAUGUCCUUUGUGAAGGAGACGGUGGACAAGCUGUUGAAAGGCUACGACAUUCGCCUAAGACCCGACUUUGGGGGUCCCCCAGUCUGCGUGGGGAUGAACAUCGACAUCGCCAGCAUCGACAUGGUUUCUGAAGUCAACAUGGAUUAUACCUUGACCAUGUAUUUUCAACAAUAUUGGAGAGAUAAAAGGCUCGCCUAUUCUGGGAUCCCUCUCAACCUCACCCUUGAUAAUCGAGUGGCUGACCAGCUAUGGGUGCCCGACACAUAUUUCUUAAAUGACAAAAAGUCAUUUGUACAUGGAGUGACAGUGAAAAACCGCAUGAUCCGCCUUCACCCGGAUGGGACGGUGCUGUAUGGGCUCAGAAUCACCACAACAGCAGCGUGCAUGAUGGAUCUCAGAAGAUACCCACUGGAUGAGCAGAACUGCACUUUGGAAAUUGAAAGCUAUGGCUACACCACGGAUGACAUUGAAUUUUACUGGCGUGGCGGGGACAAGGCUGUCACUGGAGUGGAAAGGAUUGAGCUCCCACAGUUCUCCAUCGUGGAGCAUCGUCUGGUCUCCAGGAAUGUUGUCUUUGCCACAGGUGCCUAUCCUCGACUCUCACUGAGUUUUCGGCUGAAGAGAAACAUUGGAUACUUCAUCCUUCAGACUUACAUGCCCUCUAUACUGAUCACUAUCCUCUCGUGGGUGUCUUUCUGGAUUAACUACGACGCAUCUGCAGCUCGAGUUGCCCUUGGGAUCACAACUGUGCUGACGAUGACAACCAUCAACACACACCUUCGGGAAACUUUGCCCAAAAUUCCCUAUGUCAAAGCCAUUGACAUGUACCUGAUGGGCUGCUUUGUCUUUGUGUUCCUGGCCCUUCUGGAGUAUGCCUUUGUCAACUACAUUUUCUUUGGAAGAGGCCCUCAAAGGCAGAAGAAGCUUGCAGAAAAGACAGCCAAGGCGAAGAAUGACCGUUCAAAGAGYGAAAGCAACCGGGUGGAUGCUCAUGGAAACAUUCUGUUAACAACACUGGAGGUUCAUAAUGAAAUGAACGAGGUUACGGGCGGUGAUACCAGGAAUUCACCAAUGACCUUUGACAACUCAGGAGUCCAGUUCAGGAAACAGAGCAUGCCCCGGGAAGGGCAUGGGCGGUACAUGGGAGACAGAAGCAUCCCGCACAAGAAGACCCACCUACGGAGGAGGUCUUCGCAGCUCAAAAUUAAGAUCCCUGAUCUAACCGAUGUGAAUGCCAUAGACAGAUGGUCCAGGAUCGUGUUUCCAUUCACUUUUUCUCUUUUCAACUUAGUUUACUGGCUGUACUAUGUUAACUGA